CCAGAGGCACGCGCACAAGCGCAGGCUCAGACACACCUCCUCCUUCCCCUCCAUCACACACACACACAAACACACAAGAGAGCAUCGCCGGGUGAAGUAGACAACAUGUAAAGGCAGCGGGAAGGACAAGCGCUCGGCUCCGGCAGGCUCGCGGCAGGUGCGGUAGGCUACGGCCGAAGCUGCACGGUCUCGCGGAGGACGGGCUGCCUUUUCACCAUGCCCCCCGCAUCCCGACUACUCUCUGGCGAGACGGCUGUGGUGAUCUUGAAUCACACUGAAUGGAGAGCAUCGAAAGUUCAUUAAGAUGACACGAACACACCCCCCUGAUAUACUGGCAUCAACUCUAUUUCGGGACUUCACUCUAAAUCCCAUCCCUGACCCCUCCAUUUCUCUCCACUCCUCCCGGCAAUGUGACUUGAAAAUGAUUGACAAACCGGAAAUCAUCAACAAAAGACACUGCCGUAGCUUUGACUUCAUUGAGUCCCUGGACGACCCGCAGUCCCUCGCUUCCUCAAUGGAGUACCCUUACAAGAGGGCCGAGCAUCAGACAUUAAACAAAGAUCCAAUGUGGAAUGGACUAGAUCAACCGGGGCACCUUCGCUUUUCUUCUCCCGAUCUGUUCAACACCAGGCUCUUCCAGCAGCACACCACCCAGGACAAAACCAGCCACCUUACGUGGUCAGACUCUAAAAAGAGAACACGAUCUAGAAGCGCUCCGAGAAUUAAGUCCACCCUCACUCCUGUGCCCAUCUCCGUGUCUCCCCCAGGAGCCCGGAAGGGGAGGGACGCGCCUCAGGUCGCGUCAGAUACCUUGAGGACUUCCGAAACAAACCGAGAACCCUACUCCUCCUCAAACAGGGCUUUUUUAAAUGAGGUGCAUCCCAUCAAACUGCAGCCUCAGUCUCCCCUCUACGUUUCAGACUGUUUCGAGGAGGAUAAACCGGAUAAACCAGCCCUAACCCCUCAUGUCAGGUGCCGUGUGGACAUUAAACCAGAUGCUGCUGUACUGCAGCACACAUCUCGGCAGAUUCCCAAUGUACGGCCUGAGCAUCUUUGGCAGAGAUACUCCCAGGCCAGUAGCAGUAGGGGUUUGUAUGUACCUCGGCAGAUUGCCUCCUCACCAACGCCCACUCCGAGCGAAUGCUACAGUGGAGAUUUUAGACAAGGAUAUCACUAUACCACCAGCAUGUCUCCCAUCUCAUACCAGCAUCUUGACAUGCACAGAAUGCCGUCACCGACAGCACCAUAUCUGAGUCAGGAACAAAGAGCUUACUCAAAUCCUAACAUACCAACCAAGUUUUUCUAUACAGAGGACCCUGUUCGGUAUCCAGUCCAUCCCUACUCUAGAGCAUACUUUCAGGACGACCGGUCCAGUCUGACCAGCCAUGGUAGUACAAUGACUAGUCAGUAUGAUCCAAGGACUCGAUGGGUGCACACACUUCCUGUCAGGCCGUAUUACACCGAAAAUCUUUCCAACAGAGAGCCAGCACACUCUGUAUAUAGUAGGCCUUACUCCACCAGUGAGGCAGGAUCAUACUUUUCUCAAAGCCCACUGUCUAGAUCUUUCUAUGGAGAGGACAGCCGGUUCAAUCCAUACCAUAUGAGUAACCCAAAGUUGUUUUAUUCCAAACCAUGCUCUCCUGAGGAGCAGUACUUUCCACCAAGGCCAUACCAUACGGAGGGUCGCCGACGCCCUCGAAUGUCGCAGGCCUUAUCAGAUGACUGGUAUCGCUCGAGUAUAUCUGGUUACUCUAACCAGUCCUCCCAGCACACACCACUGAGAGUAAGGCAAGACCCCAGUAUACCCCCGUGGUUUACUAACAGCUGUGUGGAGACAAGUAGACUAGGUGCAGAGGUCAGAAACCACUCCAAGUCUUGGGACAAUAUUCUAUAUCCGCGGCAGGACAGAGAGCAAUCUGUGCCUCGUGGCCGGAGCUAUGAGAACCUGUUUCACCAAGCAAAGCAAGCAGCAUCGUCUGAAGUUACAUCUCAACCUGUUAUCCUUAACCUGUCGAGUUCACCGAGGCGCUACGCCGCCCUUUCGCUCUCUGAAAGCUCAUUAGAGAGGGGCUCAAGCAAUCCGUGGAGGAAUACCAAGAGCGGGCACUGGUUUGUAACUCCUGAGAUCACCAUAACAGAUAACGACAUAUGUGCAGGCAACAGAAAGCGGCGCGACGUGCACUCUGUCAGCUGGGAUACGUUGGACGAGGAAAAGACACCGUCUCCCAGAGUAAUGCAUCACAAGCAGCCACAAAAUACACCGGACAUUACCAAAGAGAGGAAACACAACAACUUCUCCCUCCAGCAGAGUCUCGAGCAACUGGAUGAGCUCUUAGCUGAUUUGGUUAUUGAUUACAAACCACCCACUAGCAGAAAGUCAAGCGUAGACAUUUUAGACCAGCUGAAACAACUCAUUACCGAAGAUGACGACAAAGACCGAGGAUCUUCUGGGCUUGAAAACGUAGGAUGUCUGAACUCACAGCUCCCGUCCUCUAAAUCCAGCCCAGACACAAUCAAAGACCCUGACAGUGGGUUCGACGCUUUACAAAGGAGUGCAGAAGAAUGUUCUCCAGACCACAGCACCGACGACGACGACACUAUGGUGUGCUCCAACAAGAAGUGCAACCGGAUCGAGAGCAUGUUCAACGCCUGCUUGUACUUCAAAUCAUGCCACAGUUGCUACACGUUCUACUGCUCGCGAAACUGUCGCAGGGAUGACUGGGAGAUCCACAAAGACACCUGUCUGUACGGCCGCGUGAACAGCGUGUGUCGACACGCUCUAAAGUUCUGCAGAGAGAAUUCAGAGAUCCACAAAGCCUUCUCUCGCGUCGCUAAAGCUGGCUUCCUCUCCAGAGGGAGAGGCGUUCUCUUUCUGGGUUUUGCUAAUCCGGAGACAGCCGACAACUUCCUCCAAGUUGGGCUGGAGAGCCUCCUCAUGUCUCCCACAUACCUAUCUCUCAGAGAGCUGGACGGCUUCAGGGACAACCUCGGUGAAUACUGCAAGGAACUACAGCACGCAGGUAACGAGUACGACCCCAACGAAUGUUUCCUUCUGAAUGUAUCUGUGGCUGUCGGUGAACUAGUGCCUAACAGACCUUCACCAAGGGUCCAAGCACCAACAGUUCGAAAAUAUGCAAAGGUAUCCUUGGCCUCCUCAAGCCCUGACAAAAAGGUACUCAGGAAGGACAGCGAAAUGGAAACCCUCAUACUCACUCCGCCUCCAGGCACACCGGACAUUGACAAGGAGGGGGAGGAGGGAAGGAAGGCCAGAGAGGUGUGCUUCGUCAAUAUCCAGCGCGAGCUCAGGACCAGGGGAGUCUUCCUACGUCACGAGUACCCCAGAAUCUAUAAUCAGCUGUGUGGGUUUGUGGAGAGCAACAAAGGGUUCACGCCAACUACAAUUUACCCAAUAGAUAAGAGAACAGGGAAACAGUUCAUGUGCAUGAUCAUGGCUGCAUCCGAGCCAAGGACACUGGACUGGGUGGGUACCCCUCAUCUCUUGGAUGAUAUAAUAUAGUAGGCUACAGCACUAAAUGAUAAUGAUGUCAGCAACACUAAAUGUACAUACUGUAAAUACAUGGCGUGGUUUAGCAAAUUGAGCGUUGAUAUGGAACUGUGUGUAUACUGUAUGUGACCAAUCUCUCUUUCUGUCUCUCUCCUCUUCUUUCUCUCUGUCGCCACAAACACAAUGUCACUCGAGCGCGUGCGCACACAAACAACACACACACA